AUGGCUCCUUCAAACAACAACUCGAAGGACAAAGGCAAGGAGCCGGCCCAGGCUCAGAUCAAGCUCAAUCUCAAGGCUCCAGAAAAGGGCGACGGCGAGGCCUCGGAGGAGACCGAGCCAAAGGUCCCCAAGACCAGUGAUGAGGAGUUUCUCUUGACUCUUCUUGAUACCGUGAAGGUCGACCACAACGCUGCCGCCAAUACACUUGGCAUCAACAAGGCAGCCAGCCGCAUGCGACUUAUUCGCUUGCAACAGAAAUAUGGCUUUAAGAAGAGGGGGCCCAAGGGGACUCCUCGCAAGAAGGGAACUUCCGUGAUCAACAAGGAAGCAGCAACUGAGAACGGGCUGACUGCUGCCAACGAUGCCGAGGCCGUUGAGGAGGAUACCAACGUGGAGGAUGGGGAAACUAACGAGAAAAAAGUCGCCGAGAACUGUGGCACCCACCGAGAUCUUUAA